AUGACCACAAUUGACCCCGAAAUCGACGCCUCCGGAACCAAUGGCUUUCCUGAGGGGUGUUUCAUUAUCCGUUCUGCCACGAAUAGAUCGCGCGUUUUUGACGUUGCCGGCAGCGCUACACAUGAUGGUGCAAAGCUCAUUCUGUGGACGAUUAAAGAGUCGUCACUUGUUGAAAGUAGAAGAGAUCCAAGUGCUAAUAACCAGGUAUUCUUCAUCGACGAUUCUGGUGCACUCUGUUGCAAGUCAUCUGGACAUGCGGUGGAUAUUGAAGGCGACAACCUCGUUCUUCGUCGCAGACGUCCACUAACACGCCCAUAUCCAAACCGUCUCUCACACCCUUUACCAAAUUUCUUUUACUCGCCAGAAACCAAGGAAAUCACUGUCGCAUUUCUAUGCGAUCCCAGAUUCCAUGCUUCAUCCGCCUGUCGUGGUGGGAGUAACCAAAUUCAUCUGUUGACUUCCAAGCCCAAGCGUCGCGACCCGAAUCUGUUCGAUACGGCAAGCAACUUCCUUAACGAUACACUGACGGCUAGCGUCUCUCUUUUUGGUGGUCAAGCCAAGAUCUCAGCCGAACCUGGUGCUUUAGCUGCCAUUGGCGCCGAGUUAUCGGAGGACGAAAUACUACCUGAAGACCAAGGAGAGGAGGCGGAGGUGGAUGAUUCGCCUGACCCCAUGAGGGAGAUCUGCAUGAUUUCUAUCAAGAAGAGGACAGAGGACGAUCAGGGGUUGGUGGCGAAAGCAAGAACUAGGCGGAAGUGGUUAGUGGAAGCCAUCUCCGCAACGGAUGCAAGGACUGGUUCAAGGCAUAGACACUAA